UUGAGACCUGAAUGGGUAGGACACUUCUGUCAGUUCCAAGGAGAGAUUAGAUUAGGGUUCUGUCUCCUCCGGAGGGCUUCCCUGUAGCUUCGAGUGUUGAAGGAGAUCAAAUGUCUCCAAAACAUGAAGAAUGCCAUUGGAAUAGCUUCAGAAAUUCCAUUUAUACUGAGAAGGAAAAAUAUGAACCAUCACCAAAUGAGAUUGUAGUUUCAUCAAGAAGCUGGACGGAUGUAUCAACUGUCAAUGGCAUGUGCUCGAGUUUGAGGCAUCAGAGUGAACAGUUUGUCUACAAGAGAAGGAAGUUAAAUAGGAACUCAGUUGCUCUUCUCCCUGAAGAAUAUACUAUGGAAAGUAGAAAAAGAAAAUUUAGUUCUGAGUCCUGCAGUUGUUCUGAGGAUUACCUUUUGGGAAUUCGGAAAGCUGAUUUUGAGAGAGAGACUGUUGACAUUGUUACCGCAGAUGUUGAGUCAGUUCCAAGUUCAGGGCUCUGUGGUAUAUGUUCUGUUGGGAAAUUUGAAGUACCAUCCAAAGCAUCUGAUGGGAAGAUUUCCAAAUCUGCAUUUGAGCAUCGCUGUAAUGUAAAUGACGGGUGUUCAUCAUCAAAAUCUAAUGUGGAACUUACUUCAACUUUCCUCAAAAUAGAUAUAGAGGAUACUGGUGAGUGUUCCUCAUCUAAUGUCAUGGAACUGGUGGGUGAAUUUGCAUCAGCAAGGGAACUCUGCAUCUAUGUGCUUAAAACUCAUGGACUUCUAGGGAAAUCAUGUGCUAGCAGCAACUAUGCUGCUUCAGAAAGUCUCUGUGAUGGCAGUACGAAUCUUUCUCAAAAAUGCAAAGCAUGCAGGCUGUUUGAUGAUCCAUUGAAGAUGUUAAUUUGUGACCACUGUGAAGAAGCAUAUCAUCCGUCCUGUUGCAUUCCUAGAGUAAAAAAGCUUCCUGUGGAUGAAUGGUAUUGUCAGCCCUGCUUCAAAAAGAAACCAAAGCCUUUAUUAAGUCAGUCACAUGAUACCGAAGGAGAAAACUCCAAUCAUACAAAUCGAAUCUCUUGCAGAGGAUAUUCUAUAUCAUUCAUGUUGACAGACAAUAAACCUUAUACAUCUGGAGCUCGAAUUGGUAAAGAUUUUCAAGUAGAAGUUCCUGACUGCUCUGGUCCAGUUUCCAAUGAAGAUGAUUAUUUUGAUGAACCCUCUGAAAUAGAUUCUGCCCAUUCAGUAAACUUGAAUGGAUGGACUGAUGGAAAGCCACAGAAACCAAGCAGCAUUGGUAAUUGGGUCCAGUGCAGGGAGGUUUUGUGCUCAGAUGGAUCUGAUGAGGGGAUUGUCUGUGGAAAAUGGCGCAGGGCACCUCUUUUUGUGGUUCAAAGUGAAGAUUGGGAUUGCUCUUGUUCUGUUCUCUGGGAUCCAUUUCAUGCUGAUUGUGCUGUUCCACAGGAACUGGAAACCGAGGAGGUUCUCAAGCAUCUGAAAUUUACGAAAUGGCUGAGGUCUCGUCUGAUGGCCAAGUCCAGAAACCAACUCCAUUUAAAGUCACAACUCCGAAGGUAAUGCUCUGUUGUCAUGCAAGGGAUGAUGACACAAGUUUCAUUUUUUGUUGUGAUCUCAUAGUUGAAGAGCUUUCUUCUGUGAAGGGUAUUUCACAUCUUUUGAUCCCUUUCAGUUUGUUGUACAUCCCAGUCAUUUAUAGGAUCCUACUCAGAUACAACCACGACCAGUUUUGAGCAAUUCAACAGUCAACGACUGUUGUGAUUGUUUCUGUUCAGUGCCAUUGUAUAUAGAAGAGGAAGUAGUUCUAAUAUGCACCAACUAUGACAGUAGUGGCAUGGAUUCUUCAGUUUGUCUCUCAAGCUUAUAUCAUGAAUCAGUUCAAUGCUUUUGACU